CGGCCACAGUCGGUCGUCGCGUUUGUGCCGCCUUGUAUGAAAAGUGAAGAAACCACAAUUUAAUACCGAGAGUCGAGUCGAGUCGAGUCGAGUACAAAUCCGAAAAGCCGUAGUCGUAGUCGUAGUCGCAGUCGUAGUCGUACCCGUAGUCAUAAGCGUUGCGGCGCUAGACGAUCGCGAGAAUUGCUGCAGCUGAAAUGUGUCGCACAAGAUUGCUGCGUGUCGCGCUCAAUUAAAUACACAUAUUUUUUUGUAUUUCCUCCUAUUCUGUUUCAAUUUUCCUUUUUUUUUUUUGCACCACAUCGCUGUGUUAUUUAUAUUUAAUUGUUUAAUAACAACAACAGCAGCACAGAAAAGUGCGAAAAGUGAAGUGGUAGUGGAGUUUGGCCGACGAGUGAGUGCGCGAGUGCAUAAAAUUGGAGCAGGUUCCAGGGUUCCAGAGCUCCAGAGUUUCGAUUUGGGUGGCGUUGGCGUUGGCGUUCCCCUGGAAAAGAGCACGUACGAUUCCCAGUUCCAUUCCCGCGGAUUGGAUGCGGGGUCCACCACCUGUCGUUAAUUAAAUGUCAACAGAAUUGAAAGGAGGGGCAAAGGAAGAUUCAGACGAGUCUGAGGAGCCAAAUGAAUUCGAAUCGGAACUGCGACCUUAAGUCCAGUAAUAAGCAAACGAAAUUGUGCAAAAUGUUUGCCCGACUGUCGAAUAAAUCAUAAGAAACCGGGCAGAAGAAACAAUAAAACUGAAGAUAAACUGGAUAAGCGAAACAAAUCGGCACAAGGAAAAAAAAAAGGAAAAUGGUUAAUGCGGUGAUGGAUGCCAUAGCGCUGCUCAGCUCGCUGGCCAGCGACUUGGACAUAAUGCUAAACGAUCUCCGAUCGACGCCGAGUCAUGCUGCAACAUCGUCGACGACAACGGGCACUGCAACAGCAAUGGCAACGAGCCAGCAGCAACAUCAUCUCCAUAAUCAGCAGCCAAUGCAAUCACAUCAUUGGCAGGGCAUUAACAACAAUAAGAAUAAUAACAACAACAUCAGUAAGAGUAACCAUAACAAUAACAAUAAUAAUUUGCCACACCCACCUUGCCUGAUCGACAUCAAACUGAAGUCAAUCCGAUCGGCGGCAACAACAGUGACCACCACUGCGACGACGACAACAGCGUGCAAUCAGUUGCAACAACGACGACGUGUGGCCCCCAAGCCACUGCCACGCCCCCGCGACGCAGCCGCCCCUCGGCGCAGAAGGCGGAGGAGGAGGAGGACGGGGAUACGGAUGCCAGCGACCUGGCCAACAUGA